AUGGCCUCAGCAACAGGGGCAGCCGCCCAUCCGGUACCGCCUUCUCUCUCAUUACCACCAUCCCAGUUUGCCCGCCUCCAGCCUCACGCCUACCUUCUCGCCCACCUUUCCCCUCCUACAGCUAGCAACCAACCUUCAAUCCGUGCCAAUGGCCGCGCCCCGUCACAAUUCCGAGUCACAUCCGCCAAUGCAGGCUCCCUGACCCAUACGAAUGGCAGUGCCGUUGUGCGCAUGGGCGACACAGCCGCCGUGUGCGGCGUGCGCGCAGAGAUUCUCCGCACGGAAGAUAUUGCGUCGUGGAGUGUGUCGCGAACCUCACAUGAGGCUAGCAAUAAACGCCGUCGACUGGCUGAGAUCAAUGAGAAACCGAAUGAGGAGGACGAAGACACCGCUGCCGACGACCGCGCACACAUCGAAGACCUGAACCUGCUUGUUCCGAAUCUUUCCCUGAGUACCGGCUGUGCGCCGGGUUUUACUCCAGGUGCGCCACCUUCUGCUUUGGCUCAGUCCCUUUCCCACCAGCUUCUGUCCUUGCUUCACAGUACACGCCUUGUGCGUGCGGACGACCUACGCAUUUGGUAUCAACCACCGAGUUUAGGCGCCGAGGAGCUGGAACGUCACAACGACGAUGAGCAAAUGGAUGUGGAUCCUAACCCGAGUGGUGGCGUUGAGGAUCACAAAAAUCGAGAAAUCAAGGGUUUCUGGGUUCUCUAUAUUGAUGUCAUGGUCAUUUCGCUAGCCGGUAAUCCCUUUGACGCCGCUUGGGCCUCUGUGCUGGCUGCUCUACGCGAUACAAAGCUUCCCAGAUCGUGGUGGGAUGUCGACAGCGAGAUGAUUCUCUGCUCGGAUAAUGUGUCAGAAGCGAGCAAACUUUCCUUGCGUGGCUUGCCUGUGGCUAGCUCCUUCUGUGUAUUUGAGGCGGAUGCCGCUGCGGGGUGGAGGGCUGUUGUCAUUCCCGAUGCUGAAGAGCAGAAAGCUCGGAGCCAGAAGAAGGGAUCCCAGCAGAGGUGGAUUCUGGCAGAUCCGGAUGGCUACGAGGAGAAUCUGGGUCAGGAGAGAGUCUGCAUCGUUGUGGACAAGGAGAAGGGCGGGAAGGGCAAGACUGUUGUUCUGAAGAUGGAGAAACAUGGUGGUUGGACGGUCGAUAGUGACGAUCUCCGGCAGCUGGUGGAUAUCUCCGCGCGGAGAUGGGACGAGAUGAAGCGGAUACUCGACCAAUGCUGA